AUUAUCACAGUAAACUCAAAAUAAUUUAAUAAAAUCAUUUCCCUUAGCUUCUACUAAAAUGGCUUCACUGCAAUUUUUUUCGAUUGCCCUCUUAUUCAUUUUCGCUAAUCAAAUAGUGUGUCGGGAGCUUCAUGAGUUGACAAUGGCAGACAGGCACAAACAAUGGCUUGCGGAGUACGAAAAGUCUUAUAGGAAUGAAGAAGAGAAAUUAAAAAGGUUCCAGAUAUUCAAGAACAAUGUUGAGUUCAUUGAGAAAUUUAAUAAUGCUGGUGAGGAAUCAUAUAAGCUUGGGAUUAAUCAGUUUGCUGAUUUAACCAAUGAAGAGUUUAGAGCUUUUUGGACUGCUUAUAAGAAACCUGCAGUUGGUGGUUCAUUAAUGGCGGCAACACCGUUUAAGUAUGAAAAUGUUACCGAUCCACCUUCUGCCAUAGACUGGACGCAAAAGCAUGCUGUUACUAGUGUUAAAGAUCAAGGAACAUGCGGGAGUUGCUGGGCUUUCUCCGCCGUCGGAGCAACCGAAGGACUUCGCAAAAUCACAAAAAAUGAUUUAACAUCUCUAUCAGUACAAGAGCUUGUAGAUUGCGACAUAAAAGGCGAAGACAAAGGUUGUGAGGGUGGUUCAAUGGAGGACGCUUUCAAGUUCGUCAUAAACAACCGCGGAAUCACUAGUGACCUAAAAUACCCAUACAAAGGAGCCGACCAAAAAUGCGACCCCAAAAAGGUAACUUCACGCAUAGCAACCAUCACUGGAUACGAAAAAGUUCCAGCAAACAGCGAAGAAGAUUUGAUGAAAGCGGUGGCUAAUCAACCAGUGGCUGUCGCGAUUGACGCUGGUUCAACAUCCUUUCAGUUCUACUCCACCGGUGUUUAUAGAGGAACUUGUGGAACUAAUGUAAAUCAUGGAGUUUUAGCUGUCGGAUAUGGCCACAGUAAUACCGCGACAAAGUAUUGGCUGGUAAAGAAUUCUUGGGGAAAGAAAUGGGGAGAGAAAGGAUUCGUGAGAAUGGAGAGAAAUGUAGAGUCUAAAGAAGGUCUCUGUGGUAUAGCCACAGAUUGCUCAUAUCCAGUAGCUUAGUUUUGUUCAUUUAUUAUUAGCGUUUUAGCUAUAAGUUAUUGAUUUUUAAUGAUAUAGUUCGGUUCAAUUUAGCAAUAAUUGUUUUUAGUCUAUUGAUAACUGAGAAUGCGAUAAAAUUUAUUUACUUUUCAAUAUAAAUAUAUAUACCUAUUAGCUUAUAA